AUGCGGGGUAGUUUAGGCAGCCUCGUUCUCGCUGUGUGGAGUAAUUUUCUAUAUGGGGAAGCUCAGCAGAACCGUUUUCAAACGGUGUUGACAACACAGCCAACCUGUGACCAAUGUGUUCCGAGAGAGUUGAUUGUUGCACCUGCGGUUGGGUUUGAUCUUACCCUCACAUAUGGGACUGUGGCCAUAAGAUACCACAACAAAACGGUAGUGAGCGUUGGCCGAGUCAAUGGUAGUGAUGACUAUAAAGCGAUGAUGAACCGGCUCGCCGAACCAUACAAUCUCAAAUAUCCACCAUUCGACAACAUUCGCGACCGUCUUCAAUGGCAAUAUGACCAAGCCCAGCGACGAUUCCGCCAAUCACGUGGUCUCCCCUCGACUCCCGAUAUCGAAACCCUCUCCCACUUCCUCGGGCAACUCAACCGCCUUGCAGAAGAAAGCACCCCCGAAUCAAUCCCUCCUGCCGUCUUCCCCAGCCUCCCAGAGAUCCCAAAUCUCCCCUUUGGCGACUUCGAUGAAGCGCUGGGCUGGGUCAAUCUCACUCGCCUGCGAAGUUACAAAUCCACCCCAAGCCCGGUUAACCAAUUCAACACAGCAUUUGCGGGGAUGGGCUACGGAAUAUGCACGCACUGGUCCAAUGUGGAACAGUGUGACUCGGAAGAAGUAUCCCAGCCAGUGAGGCAUACCCUUACCAUCUCUUAUACCGCCGAUGAAUUUGUCGUUGAGCGCUCUACCUCCGUUACUGCGUAUUGGAUAUACCGUGAUGCCCGUGAUCGUACGCCCGCCUUGGGGUCUUCACAUCGUCCCUUGCACAAUCCUGACAGCAUCAAAGACUAUUGGGAGCAAGUCGGUGAUCGGAUCAAGCUCGUUGCUCUGGCUGGGGGUGAUCCACGAAGUCUCGACACGCUAGUUCUUAUGGGAGAGAGUGCGCAGAACAAGCAGUUAUUGGAUACUAUAUGGAAAGCCUUGAGUGAACUUGGGAAGGUGGAUCUGUAUUCGGCAUUGCAGACUCCUCAGUUUACUACUGAGUUUGUGGCGGCGAGGGGAGCCGCUGAGAUGGCGAAACGGGCACAAGCUGGCCCAAAUGGGUGUGUUGAGCGGGAGCUGUGUAGGGAACAGAGGGAGCCUGGGGAUGAGUAG